CACUGUGACCAGCAGCCAGGCUCAGUCACUCCAGCCCGCUCCACCACACACUCCGGCACCGCAGUCCCAGCAGCAUCUCAUGCCUCCACCUCUCCUCCAUCUGCGCGUCCGUCCGUCGGUGCAGUGAAGCGGGACAAGAUGCUGGAGAACGGCAUGAAGGUGUUCAAGGAGGGUCUCCUGGAGAAGCGGAGCGACGGGCUGCUGCAGCUCUGGAAGAAGAAGCACUGCGUCCUGACCGAGGACGGCGUGCUGCUGCUGCCGCCCAAGCAGCACGACCACCCGCAGCACCACCAGCCGCACCACGGCGGCGGGGACACGGGCAAAGUCAAAGAGCUGCACUUCGCCAGCAUGAAGACGGUGGACUGCGUGGAGCGCAAGGGCAAGUACGUCUACUUCACCGUGGUCAUGAUGGAGGGCAAGGAGAUCGACUUCAGGUGCCCGCAGGACGAGGGCUGGAACGCGGAGAUCACCCUGCAGAUGGUCCAGUACAAGAACCGCCAGGCGAUCCUGGCCGUCAAGUCCACCCGGCAGAAGCAGCAGCUGCUCGUCGUGCAGAUGCCCGGACAGAAGACGGUCCGGGGCACGCCGAACGUGGCGUGACCUGCGGCGAGUCCCGCGGACACUGGUGCGCCAUUAUCGGUUAAUUGGACGCUGAGCCGGAGGAUGAAUAUUGACCCGGGCUGCAUCUCCCCCCUGCUCCACUCUCCAGGAUAACCCCUCUUCCAUGUAGUGGUUUCCCAAGAGCAGAGCCCCCGUCCCCCUUUUCCACCCAGAGACUUCUUUCACAAAAGACUGAUGGACAAAAAGCAUGUGAGAAAACAACUGUAUUCUACCGUGCAAUGGGUUUAUCCCUUUAUUUAUUAGUUGUGUAUAUAUAUAUAUCUUUUCUAUAAAAUGUUAUGUUAUGUUCAGUGUGGUUGUUGCUGGAGUGGAACAGGAAAUACUCGCUCUGAGGUUCACGGCCUACAAGUCACUCAAAAGUCCACUGGGAAGAAGCUUUCAUACGUAGUUACGUUAGUCGGAUCACCUCAUGGUUGGUAAAAAUUGUCCAUGCUUUCAUUUUUUAACUGAACCAAAGAAUCAUUUCAUUACGUUACAUCUCUCUUGUGCAGUUGUACACCUUAGAAUAUAUACGAAAGUAAAAUACUAUGGAUUCUGUAUAUGAUGAGAUACCUGCUCGACCGAUACAUCAUUUGUGUUAAGUGCUUGGUUUAUUAAUCGCUACGUCGUGUACAUCAGUUAUUUUCCAACAUUUUAUUUGGCUGCAUUCAUGGAUACAAAAGCUGCGUCUUGUUUUCUUGUGAGUCUUAAAUCAGAGUGAGAUACGAGCUUAUCACAGAGAAGAGUUAAGCAGGAGUCAGUAAAAUGAGCAGUGGAGCUUUCUUUGUAUUGACAGUUUUAAGGAGCUACUGGUUGCAUUAAGGCCGAGUGGAUGGGGUCAAAUAAGAAGUUCUGCUGGGAGGUAACAUCAGACUUGAGUUAAAUAAAAAAGGAAACCAAAACAUUUCAAGGUUGACAAAUGAGGAACUCGAAAUUUUCGAAUUUGUGUCAAUUUAGAGCAAAACGGGAGAAGUAAUCAUAGCUUAUUAGCUAGUUUAAUCACAUAGGUUUCUCACCGAGGGCACACACUAAACUGUCUUGUCGGCCUUAAAGGGAAAUUCUGGUAUUUUUCAACCUGAGCCCUAAUGCUGCGUUCCCUUAUACCUCGUAUCUCGGAAUUGCCGACCCCUGAUUGGAAUUUCGACUCAUAAUGUCGAAGGAAUCUCACCACCCCCAACUGUAAAAUCCAAGAUAGCCUCUCCGCGUAUCAACAAUCGUGACAGCUGCAGUUUUUACUGUUUACUAGCACUUCUGUCAUU